UUUUAAAAACAAACAGCUUACUGGAAACACAGAAUAAGAUCACUGUUACCAUCUCUUCAUUACUCUGAAAGUUUAAACAUUACUGAGUGAGGAUUAAUAAAACAAUGAGGGACUGUUUAUAUAUUUCUCUCUUUAUGCUUCACAUCAGUGCAGGCUGUAAUCUUUCAAAUGAUCAGAAGAGAAUAGUAGUAACAGGAUACACAGGUGGUUCAGUCCUGUUGCCCUGCUCCUGUGAUGACCCAAAGUCUACAGUUAACACAUUUACAUGGGAGACUAUAAACGGGUGGAUGAAUGUAUUUGAAUAUGAGAAAUUCAGAGGCAGACUUGAGCUGUUUAAUGAAACAUCUCCAGCAAAUCUGUCUCUUCUUAUUUCUGACCUCAGAGAGGAAGAUGAAGGGAACUAUAGAUGUACUGGACCACACAGAUCAUCACACAGUUUUACAGAUGUUUCCUUAACAGUUAAAGGAUGUGAUUUGAAUGGGCAGGGAGAGACAGUUUAUUUGACUGGAUAUUUAGGAGAGUCUGUAGUUCUGCCCUGCUCCUGUACUGAACCACUGGCUAAACCUGACCUGAUAUGGAGGUUUUAUAUAAAAGGAAAUUAUGAAGAAAUGUACCCAUCUGAACACAGUGAGAGGUUCAAGAACAGACGUAAACUGUUAAAUCAAACUAAUCCAGGAAAUCUCUCUCUACAUCUCUCAUCACUGACCAAAGAAGACCAAGGAGACUAUCAGUGUUUUGUGUCUAACAGGUUUAUCUUCAUCAGACUUCAUGUUGAAGAGAAACCACAGGUCCAUACAAUCUAUUCAUCAACAUAUCAACCUUCACAACAAACACAUGAGCUUACAACAACUCAACAACCAGAAGACAGAAUAACACAUCAACCACAUGACAUACCUCUGAGUAAGUCAUUGAUAUUUAGAUUUAGAAAAAUUAUAAAUCAUUUCUCAAUCAUCUGUUAAGUGUUUCUAAUUGAGUAGUUGACAAAAGCUUUAGUAUACAUAAUCUAAAAGCAUUGUAUUAUACAUGCAGCUUUUAUGAUCUUAUAUCAAUUGUUAAACUAUUGAAUGUUUGUAAAUUAGCCUCAUACACAGACCUGUAUAAAUGAACUAGGCAAGGUGAUUAAAUAAAUAUAACUUUGAAAGGUUUAAUUCACUUUUACAACACCUAAAUUGUAUAAUCUAUAACACUUUCCCACAUACA